UCAAAUCACGUGACUACUCUAGGACCAGGAAGUCGGAUCCACCGCCUUAUCAAAACAAACGGAAAGUGUUUCCCUGUGGUCACCUGGAGUCGUCUUCGUCUUCGUCUCGUCAUGGAGGACACACUCUUCCAGCUCAAGUUCACCUCCAAGCAGCUGGAGAGACUGUCCAAGAAGGCAGAGAAGGAGUCCGAGAAGGAGCAGGCCAAGGUCAAGAAGGCUUUGCAACAGAAAAACGUGGAAUGCGCCAGAGUUUAUGCAGAGAACGCCAUCCGGAAGAAAAAUGAAAGCCUCAAUUGGCUGCGCAUGGCGUCUCGAAUCGACGCGGUGGCCUCCAAAGUCCAGACCGCCGUCACCAUGAAGGCGGUGACUAAAAACAUGAGCCAGGUGACCAAAGCUCUGGACAAAGCGCUGGGCUCCAUGGAUCUCCAGAAGGUCUCCGCAGUCAUGGACAAGUUUGAAAGCCAAGUCCAGAACCUCGAUGUCCAUACCUCGGUGAUGGAGGAUUCCAUGAGCUCGGCCAUGACACUUACCACGCCCCAGGAGCAGGUGGACGAUUUGAUCCACCAGAUAGCAGAGGAGAGCGGCCUGGAGGUGAUGGAUCAGCUCAGCCAGCUGCCCGCAGGAGCCACCUCGGUGGGCGGCGAGAGCUCGCGGAGCCAGGAUAGGGAGGACCAGCUGUCCCGACGAUUGGCCGCUUUGCGGAACUGACGGCUCCUCCAGGAAGAGGAGGCGGGGCCUCGGCCUCGUUGCAGUAGACGAGUUUAAAGACGCGACUGGAGCUGAGCGCGUGCGUUUCUAUCGAACUGUUCCUACCAGGAGGACUUAAUGAGCCUAUCGAUUACCACCCCCCCUUCCGCUCUAUGAAUACUCUCCCACACACGGGCUAGAACUACCACAGGAGAAGGCAUCUAUUCCUGUUGCCAUCUCCCCCUGGAGUUCUCCGUUGAAUCUCCUUUCACUUCCCUCUUUGUCCUCCUGCAGGUCGACACUUCUCAAAUCACACCAUGUAUGCUUUGUACAAAACAAACAACACAUUUUACAAACUGUAUAGUUUAUGUUGGUGAAAAAUAAUGUAAUUUAAUAAGCAGUUAUAGCGAUCAUACAGAUGUAUAUGCGCUUUAAUGUUCUUGACUGUUGGGGAGAGGGGACAUUGAACAGAUAUCAUAUAUCGUAUGUUGUUUUUAAAAGUAAAAAAUAGACGGCGACGUGUUGGUAACACUAACAAGCGAAAGUCUCCCUCCUUUGCAACCGCUUCCUCGUGACGCACACGAAGAGCGACCUUCAAACCUUCUGGUCAACGAGUGAUCCUUGUGUUCUACUUUCUUUUUAGUGGUUUUGUUGUUCUGAUAACUGUAUUCAGACUUUGUUGUUGCUUUGACCGCCUUACUUUGGCUGCAGGUGCUUGCCCCCCCCUCCCCCCCCCCCCCCCCCAGUGCCUGAAGAACAGUAGUUUAGAAAGAGAACAGCAGCCCACCCAAACUCAACAGUUUUCUCACCGAUGUUUUGAUCUUGGCCGAUUUCACUUCAACACUGACUGGAAGCGUUUCUGUCUAAAAAAAUAAUUAAGUCAUCAUCCAGACCUAUAUCAGUCCCCACACUUUUCAAUUAAGAGCAUAUAUAUAUAUAUAUAUAUAUAUAUAUAU